AUGUUCGUCGUAGUGGGCUCCAGAGAGCCUCUGUACAAGAUGGAAAUGCGGGCGCGACGCGAGGACAGUGCGCACGUGGACGAGUUCGUGCUGCACGCAGCACUGGAUCUCGUGGAUGAGCUCGUUUGGACGACGCCCAACAUGGCGCUCAAGGUCGUGGACCGGUUCAACGACCAACUCGUGUCGGCGUUUGUCACGGCUUCGGGCGUGAGGUUUCUCCUACUGCACGAGACGCGCAGUGACGAGACCAUCAAAGGCUUUUUCCAAGAGGUGCACGAGCUCUAUAUUAAGUUGUUGAUGAACCCGUUCUACGAGUACGACACGCCAAUCACUUCCGAAGUGUUUGACGCGCGGGUCAAGACAUUGGCGCGGAGGUACCUAAACAAGUGA